AAAAAUCCACGUUGAUUAAAAACAAUGGAAAGACCUUCGACGUCAGGGACAAAGACGUUUCUUUGCUGUGGAUUGGAUGCCGUUCAUUUCAACACUACCAUGGGGAAAUGUCUGGACUGAAACACAAGGAGAUAUUCUAACACAGUGGGACAGACGAGCCUGGGGGUGAAGAAAUGGUCAUCACUGAUAGAAGCACAGGCACUUCUGUACCUAAAAAGGAGGCACAGAAGAAGAGGAGGAAGUCUCGUCCUCAUGGCCUCCCCUCCCCGGCGCUCUGCUGUGCCUGUGGACUAUGCAUCAUGCUGGCUGGACUCAACAUCACCUGUGGAGCGUUUGCCUUCAGCACAAUGGUGCCUUCUGACAACCCUCCAAUCAUUAUCGGACCAAUCCUUCUGCUGGUGGCCUUUUCCUUUUUUGGGGCCUGCUGCGUCUGUAGCCGCCUCCCCCCUCCUCACAGCUCUCACCGGGCUAAGGUGGGCGGCAGGGGCACGGGGCUGAUGGGACACGGCGGACUGGCUGGAGGAGCUGCUUUUGAAAUAGAGACCAGCGAGCACACGUUGCAGGAUACUACAGCUGUGCAGCUCAGUCCCACGUCCUCCCCAGGAUCUUCUCGAAUGUCCAGCCCAGAAAAAGGAGGCUCCCGACACAGCUGUAACCGGGGCCGUGCAAGCUCUUCACCAUGA